AAAUGCUUUUCAGACAAGUCCAAUCUUUCUGCCCAUCAGAGAUUGCAUACUGGGAAAAAGACAUUUUCCUGUCCCGAGUGCGGGAAAUGUUUUUCAGUCAAGUCCAGUCUUUGCAUACAUCAAAGAUCUCACACGGGGGAGAAGCCAUAUUCAUGUCCUGAGUGUGGGAAGGAUUUCCAGCGUAAAUCAGAUCUUAAUGUGCAUAAAAGAUCUCAUACGGGGGAGAAGCCAUAUUCCUGUCCUGAGUGCGGGAAAUGUUUUUCACAGAUAUCCAGUCUGCAUAAACAUCAGAGAUCUCAUACAGGGGAGAAGCCGUAUUCCUGUCCUGAGUGCGGGAAAUGUUUUUCACAGACAUCCCAUCUUUACAGUCAUCAGAGAUUUCAUACGGGGGAGAAGCCGUAUUCCUGUCCUGAGUGCGGGAAAUGUUUUUCAAAUAAGUCCAGUCUUCAUAAACAUCAAAGAUCUCACACGGGGGAGAAGCCUUAUUCCUGUCCUGAGUGCGGGAAAUGUUUUGUAGAAAAAUCAAAACUUGACACACAUCAGAGAUCUCACACGGGGGAGAAGCCUUAUUCCUGUCCUGAGUGUGGGAAGGGUUUCCGGCAUAAAUCAGAGCUUAAUGUGCAUGAAAGAUCUCACAGGGGGGAGAAGCCGUAUUCCUGUCCUGAGUGCGGGAAAUGUUUUUCAGUGAAUUCCAAACUUCAUAGUCAUCAGAGAUCUCACACGGGGGAGAAGCCGUAUUCCUGUCCUGUGUGUGGGAAAUGUUUUUCAGUGAAGUUCAAUCUUUACACACAUCAAAGAUCCCACAAGGGGGAGAAGCCGUAUUCCUGUCCUGAGUGUGGGAAGGGUUUUUGGCAUAAAUCAGAGCUUAAUGUGCAUGAAAGAUCUCACACAGGGGAGAAGCCGUAUUCCUGUCCUGAGUGCGGGAAAUGUUUUUCAGUGAAGUCCAAUCUUUACACACAUCAAAGAUCUCACACGGGGGAAAAGCCACAUUCCUGUUCUGAGUGUGGGAAGGGUUUCUGGCAUAAAUCAGUGCUUAAUGUGCAUGAAAGAUCUCACACGGGGGAGAAGCCGUAUUCUUGUCCUGAGUGCGGGAAAUGUUUUUCAGUGAAGUCCAGUCUUUGCAGACAUCAGAGAUCUCACACGGGGGAGAAGUUAUUUUUCUGUUCUGAGUGUGGGAAAUGUUUUUUAGAGAAGUACAAACUUCAUAAUCAUCAGAGAUCUCACACGGGGGAGAAGCCGUAUUCCUGUCCUGAGUGCAGGAAAUGUUUUUCACAGAUAUCCAAUCUUCACACACAUCAGAGAUCACACACAGUGGAGAAGCCAUAUUCCUGUCCUGAGUGUGGGAAAUGUUUUGUGCGGCAGUCCCUUCUUCAUAAACAUCAGAGAUGUCACACAGGGGAGAAGCCAUAUUCCUGUUCUGAGUGUGGGAAAUGUUUUUCACAGAAUUCCAAUCUUUACAGACAUCAGAGAUCUCACACAGGGGAGAAGCCGUAUUCCUGUCCUGAGUGCGGGAAAUGUUUUUCAGAGAAGUCCAUCUUUAAUAAACAUCAGAGAUCUCACACGGGGGAGAAGCCGUAUUCCUGUCCUGAGUGCGGGAAAUGUUUUUCACAGAAGUCCCAUCUUUUAGACAUCAGAGAUCUCACACAGGGGAGAAGCCACUUUUCUGUCCUGAGUGAGGGAAAUGUUCCUCACUGA